UGUCACGUCAUAUCCGUAGAGUGACGCAGCUGCGGGUCAGAGGCGGCGGCAAAAUGGCGGCACCGGACGAGCGGGAGUUGUCGGCGGAGCAAACUGAAAAGCUCCUUCAGUUCCAGGAUUUGACUGGCAUAGAGUCCAUGGACCAAUGUCGUCAUACACUGGAGCAACACAACUGGAAUAUAGAGGCAGCUGUUCAGGACCGAUUAAAUGAACAAGAGGGAGUCCCAAGUGUCUUCAACCCACCACCUUCUCGGCCCUUGCAGGUCAACACUGCGGAUCACAGAAUCUACAGCUAUGUUGUUUCAAGGCCACAGCCAAGGGGUUUAUUAGGUUGGGGUUACUAUUUGAUAAUGCUUCCAUUCCGAUUUACAUAUUACACAUUACUUGAUAUAUUUAGGUUUGCUUUGCGUUUUAUCCGUCCUGAUCCUCGUAGUCGGGUCACUGACCCUGUAGGGGACAUUGUUUCAUUUAUUCAUAUAUUUGAAGAAAAAUAUGGAAGAAUACAUCCUGUCUUCUAUCAGGGAACAUACAGCCAGGCGCUGAAUGAUGCCAAGAGGGAGUUGCGCUUCCUCCUUGUUUACCUGCAUGGCGAUGAUCAUCAAGAUACUGAUGAAUUCUGUCGCAGUACACUCUGUGCACCAGAAGUAAUUUCCCUCAUAAACACUAGGAUGCUCUUCUGGGCAUGUUCUACCAAUAAACCAGAAGGAUACAGAGUGUCUCAGGCUUUGCGUGAGAACACCUACCCUUUCUUGGCAGUGAUCAUGCUGAAAGAUCGUAGAAUGACUGUGGUUGGAAGGUUAGAAGGACUUAUCCAACCUGAUGAUCUCAUUAACCAAUUGACAUUCAUUAUGGAUUCCAAUCAGACAUACUUGGUGUCUGAGCGUCUGGAAAGAGAAGAACGAAACCAAACUCAGGUCCUGAGGCAGCAACAGGAUGAGGCAUACCUGGCUUCCUUACGGGCAGAUCAAGAGAAAGAACGUAAGAAAAAGGAAGAGCGAGAGAAGAAGAAGAGAAAGGAGGAAGAGGUGCAACAGCAGAAGCUGGCAGAGGAGAGAAGGCGGCAGACUUUGCGAGAGGAGAAGGAACGGAAAUCUGAAUGCCUUCCCCCCGAGCCACAUCCUGAUGAUCCUGAAAGUGUGAAGAUCAUCUUCAAGAUGCCCAAUGACUCAAGGGUGGAAAGGAGGUUUUACUUUACACAAUCUUUAACUGUGAUCCAUGAUUUCCUAUUCUCUUUGAAAGAGAGUCCAGAAAAGUUCCAGAUUGAGGCCAAUUUCCCCCGCCGUGUCCUGCCCUGCCUUCCUACAGAGGAAUGGCCUAAUCCACCCACGCUGCAAGAAGCCGGACUCAGCCACACGGAAGUUCUCUUUGUGCAAGACCUUACGGACGAUUGACAUUUAUCCAAAAUACAGAGAUGGAAAGAGAAAUUCCUAUUAUAAUACAAUAUUUUUUUUAAAGACUGCUGCAUACAAAUGAGGGAUCAGAGACUAUAUGGCCUGGCCAGCCAUGUCAUGUGACUGCACUGGCAGGAGAAAACUGCACACUCGCACACACUCAGCCCCUUUUACAUUGAGAGGGCCGAUGGGAGGAGCCACAAUUGGCGUCCCAAGAGAGGGUCAGAAAUGCAGCUUUUGGUAAACGCUGCUUUUAUUGGAAAUAAUUUACACCAUCAUUUUGACAUUAGAAAAUUUGACGUUCUGCUGCUUUUGACAGCUAAAGAAACGUACCUGUGAGUCAGGUUGAGAUCUGCCCCCCACUGGGGAGAGACAGAUAGGUUAUUUUCUUCCAGCUUCUCACUCUGUAAAAAAUACCUUAAAUAUAUCUUUUGCUUUGUAAUGACCAAAGGAGAAUGGGUUAACAAUAAUUUUUUUUUCUAAAUAUGGAGCUGUUGAUAUUCUUAACAACAGAGGUUUUUCUUCUCCAGGGUUGUUAGCUGCAUAGUGUAAUAAACUCUGCCUCUAGUGUGCCUGUGCUAACACCUGUCAGUGUCUUACUGCCUCUUCAAUACCUAGCCCAAAUGUGACAAUGCCUUGCCCCAACCAUGUGCAGACCUACAACGGUAGUAGAGCAUCAUUCUGGAAUUGACACUGUUUUUGACUUUAACACAGCCUCACUCCAUUUGGGAUGAGCCUUUUUCUGUGCUAGUGUAAGAUGUUUGCAAUUUAAUCUGAUGAAUCUGCAGUGGUGACUGAGAAAAAAAAAAAAAGAAAUCAGCAUCGAAGAAUGGACUCAUAAUCUUUGCUGAGCCAGGUGAGUAGUAAGGUCAUUUGUCAAUGUUGAUAGGUGUUACAGUCACCUGAAAGACCCCAGGGAUGAUGAACUGAACAUUGUGAUUGGUACCUCUGAAUUUUAAAGUACGUCAUAGUUCAUGCAGACAGAUCUUUUUAAUAAGGUUAUAGCCUCGAAGUUGGAUCAGGACUUUCUUGCCCAUGAAAAGAACUAAGGUGUAGCAGAGGUUUCCCAAUAGAGGAAGGGAGCUGGAUGGCAAAUUUCUCCAAUUCUCUUGCAGUUGCCAACUUCUAAGCAACAUACGUAGCAACAGGGUAGGAUUCAGAGAGAAAGGGCAAUCAAAGGAACCAACUUUUUACCCUUCUACUAGAUGAGCUCUUCUGAAUCCAAGUGUGGAGGUGGGGAUUAAGUCAAUUCCAUCUCACAAUUUGAGUUCCUGGGAUCAGAAAACCUUUUUCCCUUUUGAUUUUUCAGCCAAAAAUGUAAUUGAUAGAAUGUCCUUUUGGACUGUAGUUUUUCCUUUAAAGGUACAAAUCUUGCACGUAAAAUCCACUAGGUUUUCGUAUCCCUUCUUGCGAUUGAGAAACCUUCAGCCCUCUUGCUUCUGUGUUAACUUGCAAAUAAUAUUGUUUCCGGCAAGGGGUAGCGUGAACUCAUGCAGUAUUACUUUUCAUUUGCUAUUCUUGGCUUUCCCUCUAUGUUCUGUUUGACUUGGACAGAAGCAGAAGUCCACUAGUCUUCUCCUAUGUCUUGCCAACAAUUAAAAGGGGAAAGCUGUUAAAUAACUUGGAAUUAAAAGGAAAACUAUGAAGUAGGAACUUAACUCUCUGAAUUGUGUAUGCAUAUGUGUAGUGAGUUUGGGUGGUAUAUGUGCACAUGUACUAAAACAUAUAUACAUUUUCCUCCAUCUGCAUUAAAAGACCUGAUGAUA